AUGGCCGAAGAAUACACGACAGUUAAUGCUACUGUUGCCCAUCGAUUAGAAGAUCGCGUCAACUAUCACAUCGUAAACACUACUCUCGGUGUAGCAUGCUUGGCAAUUAACUUGGUUCUGCUUGGCAUAUUCCUCGGUUAUCGCCCGUUUCGGACACGAUAUGUGCUGCUUAUUCAAUUGUGCGUCGGUGAUUUGAUUUAUUCGCUAGCUGUGAUUCUUAGUGGAUUGCAUCGUAUACGAGUUUAUACCGACGCCUACCAAACGCAUAUAAUCCCUGUCAGGACCACGAAAGAAUGCGCUUUACAAUUAUGGUUGCAACUGAAGUUGAUAGGAGAUCUCUUCAUUCCGGUGACUAUAUUUUGGAUGGGUAUCGAGCGAUUUCUAGCAUUAUGGUUUCCAUUGUUUUAUCGCAUGAAUAUAGACGGGAAGCCGAUAAAACUUGUCAUGGUACCGUUGGUGAGUGCGGUAUUCGUCGCCGUCUCGUUGAUAUACGCCGUGACGACGGCAGUCUAUGCAGAUCACCCGACCCACUACCAUUGCGGUCGGAAGGCGACAUUCGGCGAAGGAUUCUCGACUUUUGUCUACAUUACGAAUAUAUUCUGUAACGUGCUGUCAACACUGCUGAACGCAGCUGCUUAUGUGAAAGCGAGAACAAUGACGAAGAACGUACAACAAGCGAAACGUCAAGCUCACAUCAUCAGAUAUUAUCUUCUGAUCUCAGUGCUCUCUACCGUAUUGGUCUCAUUACCGAACACCAUAGCACUUUUCCAAGUGUAUGUGAAAUCGGUAAGCGAUGUGAUCUCAAAGCCUGCCGUCUGGAUGCAAACAAUCAAUUCCGGUAUUCAUCUAUUCGUCUAUUUGAUACUAAAUCGUGACUUCCGCCAGCGUGCACUACAUCUCAUUCGAUUAGGAGGAUCUACGGACGAUCACAAA